UGAAGUUGGUCCUAGGGGGAACAUUUCGUAGGAGUUGGCAACCCUGCUUUUUAGUUUAUAUUUACUACGUCUUUAAAGUUUGUGCUAACUGCUAUGUACUUUCUAAUUUUAGUGUGUCUGAUGUGGAUGUUUAUAAGUUAACGUUAAUGGAGAAAAUCGGAAUCUUGUUGUCGACCUAUAAACAGCGAAAUAACAGCCUACAGUCUUGUAAAUUGCGUAUCAUUCCCAUAUUACUAGAGUUACUUAUUAAAAGCUACAAAAAAUGAAUGGUAGACCUUAAAUAGUUGAAGCGAUAUGUAAAGUGUAUUAAUAGCCGUAAUGAGGGCGCGCCGCGAAACGCUGGUGAUAGGGGCGCUGUGCGCGGCGUGGUACGCUCUGAGCUCAGCCAGUAAUGUAGUUGGCAAGCUCGUGCUCACCGAGUUUCCGUUCCCGCUAACGGUGGCGUUGGUGCAGCUGGCAGCGACUGCGGCGUGUAGCGUACCCGUGCUAGCACUUUGCGGCGCCCCACCGCUGCCGUCUUCUUGCCGACUGCGCGCUCUGGUGCCCCUGGCGCUCGCCAAGUUCCUAACUACAGUCUUCUCACAAGUAUCCAUAUGGAAAGUGCCAGUCUCCUACGCUCACACUGUGAAAGCGACAACGCCAUUGUGGACGGCGGCUCUGGCGUGGGUUAUAUUUGGCGAGCGGCAGUCCCGCAGCGUCCAGACGGCACUGGUGGUAAUAGCCGCCGGAGUGGCGCUGGCCUCCGCCACUGAGCUGCACUUCCAGACCGCCGGCCUCGCCGCCGCGCUGGCCGCCGCCGCGCUGCUCAGCCUGCAGCACCUGCUGACUAAGCGCGUCAUGCAGGGAUCGCGAGCGCACCCGCUCCGUCUGCUGCAGGCGCUCAGCGCACUCGCUAUGUUGGCGCUGGCGCCGAUGUGGGCGCUGAGCGAGGGCGGCGCGGUGGCCUCGUGGCGCAGGGUGGGCGAAGGGUCGAGCGCGCGGGCGGGAGCGCUGCUGGCGGCGGACGGCGUGUUGGCGUGGCUGCAGGCCGUGGCCGCCUUCAGUGUUCUGGCCCGCGUCACACCGUUGGCCUACGCCGUGGCGUCGGCCGCGAAGCGCGCCGUGGUCGUGCUGGCGUCGCUGGCGGUGCUCCGCAAUCCGGCGCCUCCGCUGAACGUGGCGGGCAUGACGCUGGCCGUGUUGGGCGUCUUGCUCUACAACCGCGCCAAGUUGAGCCGAUCGCCCGCGCCGCUGCUGCCCGUCUAGACAAUUUCUCGGUAGAUCUAUUUCGACUGCCUAAGAUGAACGUACGACGUAGAGGCCUUAGUCUUUAUAAAAUAAAUGUAUAUUUUUACGUUCACAGUAAAUAUAUUAUGUUAUCUUUUUGUA